UCCUCGCCGAUCACCACCACCACCUCCGCCGCUGUUGAGCUGCGGCUUAGGGUUUUGCGACCAAGCAUUCUCACUGUCGGAGUUUAGACGCUCGGGAGGUGACUAGAGUGUCCAGACUCCGUCGAUGCUACAGCGCUGAGCUCCCUACGUUGUUUUUUGUCGUCUUGGUCUCCUUCGUCGCUGUAAUUUGGUUUGUGAGUAUGGCUGCAUUGGCUUAAGGAUUCAGGGGUUUAGGGUUUAAGGGAGUCAAUUCAGGCGAGUUUGGGAGUGACAAUCGAGUUUCUGGUGCUGGGCUAAGCCCUCGCCGGCAAGAUGCAGUCCGACGAGGUCGUAUGGCAGGUCAUCAACCAUGUCCACUGCAGCUUCAAGGCCAAGAUGCAAACGCAGAAUUUUUGUAGGAACGAGUACAAUGUCACGGGACUUUGUAAUCGGAGUUCGUGUCCCCUGGCCAACAGCAGAUACUCUACGAUUCGGGAAAUUGAUGGUACGCUGUACUUGUAUAUGAAGAGUAUUGAGCGAUCUCAUUCCCCUAAAGACUUGUGGGAGCGUGUUAAAUUGCCUCGAAAUUAUGGGAAGGCGCUGGAGACGAUCGAUAAACAUCUGGAACAUUGGCCGAAGUUUUUGGUGCAUAAAAAUAAGCAGCGGCUUACUAAAAUGACUCAGUACUUGAUCCGAAUGCGGAAACUAGCAUUGAAAACCAAGCGCAAACUCGUCACAAUGCCUGCGAAGGAAGUGAAAAGGGAGAAGCGUAGGGAAGCGAAGGCAUUAACAGCAGCUGUUUUGGACAAGUCGAUAGAGAAGGAACUAUUGCAGCGAUUGCAAAGUGGAACUUACGGAGAUAUAUACAACUUCCCCGUCAAAGAAUACGAGAAAGUUUUGGCAAUGGAGGAGAUGGAACCUGCUGGUGAGGAGAGUGAAGAGGAAGAAGAGCAGGAGCCAGAAGUUGAAUACGUGGAGGGUUACGAAAUGGAGGAUGAAGACGAGGAUGAUGCUAUUGAAGACUUUGCUCAGGGUGCGAACAGGAUGUCUGAUUCUGAAGAUGACGACGGAGAACAAUCCCAUGAUGAAUCAGAUGCAUCUGAGGACGAGGACAUGCAACCAAGCCGUCAAUCGAGGAAGGCCCCCAAGUCGCUCAAGGUUCCUUCGAAGAGAGGUCAAGUUGAUCCUACGCCAGCUAGCAGAAAGAAAAGACGUCCCCAUGUCGAGAUCGAGUAUGAAGAGGAGCGUGAGAUGCAGAAUGCGGAUUUUUGAUUUUUGCAAUAUUCUGCCAACUCGGUUGUGCACAAUUUUGUAUUAACACGAGAUUAGGUUUACGGUGGUUAUAACACAUGUUCCCCUAAAUCUAGAUCGGUCAAAAGACCGAAGACCUUAUGGAAGCAGGGAGCAAGUUAGUGCGGAAGUUGGAGAUAUGUGACUGACGUUCUUCUAUUGAGCAGUGCAAGGCUUCUAAGUGACUAGUUGAAACCAAGACUGCCCUCAUGAGAUAUUAGAAAUUUGGUGCGAUUAAUUGAUAUAGAGGUUAAAACGGUUACUUAUUUCAUUCUCUCGCUUGUAAUUUACACCAGGUUGCCUGUGUUAUUCAUUGAUUCUAAGAGAGAAAUGUCCAACUCUACAUUUGAUGCCUCAA